GAACCUCUCCCCAACUUUUUCUUUUUCUUUUUCUUUUUCUUUGAGCUUUUUUUUUUAAUUUUCCCAUCAAAACCCUCCCCCGUCGACCAUCGCACCAUCGACUCGCGCUCUCCCUCUCCCUCUCUCUCGAUCGAGCGAGCGAUCUCCACUUCGAUCAAAAGAAGAGCCCCCGAUCUCCUCCCGAAUCCGAGGGGAUGUUCUUCAAUGGCGACGCGUCGGCGCGGCGGCGCGUGGACCUCGGCGGCCGGAGCUCGAAGGAGCGGGACCGGCAGAUGCUGCUGGAGCAGCGGCGGCUGGGGCUCAAGCAGCAGACCUCGGCCGCCAUUAAGAUUCAGAAAUGCUUCAGAGGGAGGAAGGUUGUUGAAAUAGCACGAUUUAAUGUGCGGCAGCAGUUUUUUCUUACUUUUGGGGAUCAGUGCCAACGAGUAGAUUUGAAUUGCUUUCGCCCCAAUUCAGAGUUUCUUCGCCAAUUGCUCUUCUUCUUUAAUGGGAAGAACGGCAAUGAUGUUUCUAUCCUUUUAGAGGCAUGCAAAUUGCUUUUACAGUAUGUUUGGCAUAAUGGAGAUAUUGUAAGCCUUUUUGCUGGUGAAGAUUACUCCUUGAAAAGAUCUUUUGUAGAGCAUAGGAUAAAAAAACUUGCAUAUAUUUGUGUACAAGCAGUCUAUCAGAAUAGGAAUCAGUGGAAGAAUCAACUUUUGAUGCCAUCCAAGAAUUCCAGUAUGCCUGCAGUCAUUCUACUAGAAACUUUGGCAUGCUUAAUAAAUCCUGAACUUCCGUGGGUCUGUGAAGUUGUGGGUUAUCUGCAGCAAAAAAAUGUUUUUUCUUUGUUACGUGGCAUAGUUCUUGCUGGCUUGAAAAAUGUGAGUGCUCCGGAGCCUGAUGGUAGCUUAUCUUCCUUGGAGCAUGUUGUAGCCCUUGUUGCUUCACAUAUUAGUCACCAGCCAAGUUAUUGUUCAACAGUAGAUCCCAAGUGGAGUUUCUUCUCACAAUUUCUUUCCAUUCCUUUUAUGUGGCAUCACCUGCCAUACUUCAAGGAGAUUUUCUCAGUAAAGGGACUUGGCAAACAUUAUGUUCAUCAGACGGCAUUAUGUUUGCCAAGUAAUCACAAUGUCCUUCCCAGUGAUGUAUCGCCGGAAUAUCCAGGCUAUGCCUGCAUACUUGGAAAUUUACUUGAAGCUGCCGCUUUUGUUUUGUCUGAUCCAAAACUUGCUUCUGAUACAGCUCUAGACUUUAUUACUGUUUCGACAUUCUUGUUGGACACAUUGCCAACAGUGACAUCAUCAGCAAAACAAUACCCAGCUGAGGAUGAUGAAUUCAUGGACGAGGGGGUUAAAAGCUCUCUUGCUGUCGACUUAGAAAGGCAGAUAUGCAAUGCAAUAGACUCGCGUCUUUUGCAACAUUUGGUGAAUCUUCUAUUUCAAGGCACAUUAUCCACUAGCUAUAGUGGACCGUCUGAUGAAGAGGUGGAAGCUGUAGGAUCAAUUUGCACUUUCCUACACGUGGUAUUCAGUACAUUGCCUCCCGAGCUCAUCAUGACUGGACUAGCUUACCGGACUGAGCUUGUUCCCGCCCUUUGGAAUUUCAUUAAGAAAUGCCAUGAGAAUCAAAGAUGGCCAUUCUGUUCCAAGCUCAUGACGAAUUUACCCAGCGAUGCUCCAAAUUGGCUGUUGCCUCUGUCUGUCUUUUCUCCUGUAUAUAAGCAUAUCUUGAUGAUUGUUGAUAAUGAAGAGUUCUAUGAGCAGGAGAAACCACUUUCAUUAAAUGAUAUUAGGUCCUUAGUUAUCAUUCUAAAGCAGGCCCUAUGGCAACUUCUAUGGACAAUUCCUGCACAUAACCCUUCGACUCAGAAAGCAUCGACCAUCCCUUCGAGGAUUAAGAAACUUUCGGUGGAAAAUAUCAAAAGCAGAGCUAGGAUUGUUAUGUCUGAACUUCUGGCACAGUUGCAAGACUGGAACAACAGAAGGUCAUUCACAUCCGCCAGUGACUUCUAUUCUCAAGAAGCAACGAAUGAAAACUUCAUCUCACAGGCAAUACUUGGAAACACUCGGGCAUCUGAUAUAUUAAAACUCGCUCCCUUUCUUGUGCCGUUUACUAGCAGAGUCAGAAUAUUCACUUCACAGUUGGCUGCUUCUAAACAAAGAACUGGAUCCCAUCCCAUAUUAACAAGGCACCGUUUCAAAAUAAGAAGAAAUCGGAUUGUUGAAGAUGCUUUCAACUCCCUGAGCGGAUUGUCAGAGGAAGAUCUUCGAGCAUCAAUCCGUGUAUCUUUUGUUAAUGAACUGGGAGUAGAGGAGGUUGGAAUUGAUGGGGGUGGAAUCUUCAAAGAUUUUAUGGAGAACAUUAUUCAAGCUGCUUUUGAUGUACAGUACGGGCUUUUUAAGGAAACAGCCGAUCAUCUUUUGUAUCCAAACCCUGGAUCAGGAUUAACUCAUGAACAACAUCUACAACUUUUCCAUUUUCUUGGAACCCUCCUUGGAAAGGCAAUGUAUGAAGGAAUACUUGUUGAUAUUCCAUUUGCAACAUUCUUCCUAAGCAAAUUGAAAGAAAAACACAACUAUUUGCAUGACUUGCCUUCGUUAGACCCAGAGUUGUAUCGGCAUCUGCUAUUUUUGAAGCACUAUCAAGGUGAUAUUUCGGAACUAGAACUGUAUUUUGUUAUUGUAAACAAUGAGUAUGGAGAACAAACAGAAGAGGAACUAGUACCUGGUGGGAGAGAUUUGCGUGUUACCAAUGAAAAUGUUAUUACCUUUAUUCAUCUCAUCUCCAAUCAUCGUUUGAACUAUCAGAUCCGCCAUCAAAGUUUACAUUUCUUGCGAGGAUUUCAACAACUUAUCGAGAAAGAAUGGAUUGAUAUGUUCAAUGAGAAUGAACUUCAGCUUCUUAUAUCUGGUUCACUGGAAAGCAUGGACGUUGAUGACCUUCGCUCCAAUACUAAAUAUGCCGGCGGCUAUCAUCCAGAUCACCAUGUUAUUGAGAUGUUCUGGGAGGUUGUUAAGAGCUUCUCUCUGGAGCACCAGAAGAAAUUUUUAAAGUUUGUAACCGGAUGCUCUCGAGGACCUCUUCUCGGUUUCAAGUAUAUCGAACCGAAUUUCUGCAUACAGAGGGCUGGUUCUUUUGAUGCCGCAGAAGAGGAUCUCGACCGUCUUCCCACUUCAGCAACUUGCAUGAACCUACUUAAGCUCCCGCCCUACAGAAGUAAGGAGCAGCUGCGGACCAAAUUGCUGUAUGCGAUAAACGCAGAAGCUGGUUUCGACCUAAGUUAAAGGGCCGCCGUCCAUAUAUUUACACGGCUAAGAUGUCCGUCUGUAUGAUACAAGUCAAAAUUAAUCCGGAAGAAGCAAUAUCAUUGUGCUCGAACACACGAGUGUCGUCGUCGACGGUUAUCACAAAUUUAGGAAAAAGUCGGUGGCGAAACACAAUCCCAACUCCUAAAGCUCCGACAGAAGGAGAAAUAAAGCAGGGGGAGGAUGGUUUGGGGUGUACAUAACCACAGACGCCACCCGUGUAAUUCUACCAUACAGGUGUACAGAUGUGUGGGCUCUUUCUCCUUUUCUUUUCUUUUCUUUUUUUUUUUUUUAAUUUCUCCCUUUUUUUUUUGUUUAUUUGUAAUAUUGAACGCGCUUCUGCAUGACAAAGGUUAGUUAAUUGGUCUAAAUGUAAACGUGUAUAAUUUUGUCGGCAAUAAUUUUAGGGUAUCUUUCAUGUUUUA